AUGGGGAAUAGUAGCUCGUUGAUGUUACAGGAAGAUGAAAUUCAAGCGAUUUCAGCGGAGACUGGGUUUUCACGAAAUCAAAUUGUCCGACUGUACAGUCGGUUUUUGUCACUCGAUAAGCAAGGUCGUGGAUACUUGGAUCGUGAUGAUUUCUUGCGGAUUCCCGAACUUGCAAUUAAUCCACUUGGUGAUCGCAUUGUUGAUGCUUUUUUUACUGAAACGGAGGAUCUAGGACAAAAGAUCAAUUUCCGAGAAUUCAUAAGAGUAUUGGCUCACUUCAGGCCAAUCAGUAAAGAAAAAAGAAACAUUCUAAACAGCAGGGAAGAGAAAUUAAAAUUUGCAUUUUCAAUGUAUGACUUGAAUAAGAAUGGUUUUAUUACAAGAGAUGAAUUCAAAGUGAUUCUGAAUAUGAUGGUUGGUGCAAAUAUAACUGCUGAACAAUUAGAAAGCAUUGCUGAUCGAACAAUAUCUGAAGCUGAUAUUGACAACGAUGGGAAAAUUUCAUUCGAUGAGUUUUGCAGGGCAAUGGAAAAGACUGACAUCGAACAAAAAAUGUCAAUUCGAUUUUUGAAUUAG